GUGAGCCCUCCCCCUGCGCGUACAUGGACGCGGCCGACCCCCAGCGCGAGCCCCGCGCGGCUGCGCGCUGCCGGGCCCCCGUGGAGCCGCUCGUCUUCCUCGCCAACUUCGCCUUGGUCCUGCAGGGCCCGCUCACCACGCAGUACCUGUGGCACCGCUUCAGUACCGAUCUGGGCUACAAUGGCACCCGCGACCGGGGCGGCUGCGGCAACCACAGCGCGGACCCCACCAUGCAGGAAGUGGAGACCCUUACUUCCCACUGGACCCUCUACAUGAACCUGGGCGGCUUCCUGGUGGGGAUCUUCUCCUCCACAUUGCUGGGCGCCUGGAGUGAUCGUGUGGGCCGCCGCCCACUGCUGGUGCUGGCCUCCUUCGGCCUGCUGCUCCAGGCCCUGCUGUCUAUCCUCGUGGUGCAGCUGGAGCUCCAUGUUGGCUUCUUCGUGCUGGGCCGCAUCGUGUGCGCCCUUUUUGGUGACUUCGGCGGCCUCCUGGCUGCUAGCUUUGCCUCCGUGGCCGAUGUCAGCUCCAGCCGCACCCGUACCAUCCGCAUGGCCCUGCUAGAAGCAUGCAUCGGGGUGGCGGGGAUGCUGGCCAGCCUGCUUGGAGGCCACUGGCUCCGGGCGCAGGGUUAUGCCAACCCUUUCUGGCUGGCCUUGGCCCUGCUGAUAGCCAUGACGUUGUACGCAGCGUUCUGCUUUGGCGAGACCGUGAAGGAGCCCACAUCAGCUCAGCUCUUCACGCUCCGUCACCAUCGAUCCAUUGUUCAGCUCUACGUGACUCCAGGUCCGGGCAAGUCCAGGAAGCACUUAGCCCUGUACUCGCUGGCCAUCUUCGUGGUGAUCACGGUGCACUUCGGGGCGCAGGACAUCCUGACCCUCUAUGAGCUGAGUGCGCCCCUCUGCUGGGACUCCAAGCUGAUUGGCUAUGGAUCUGCGGCGCAGCACGUCACCUACCUCACCAGCCUGGUGGGCCUGCGACUUCUGCAGUGCUUCCUGGCCGACACGUGGGUGGCUGAGAUUGGCCUGGCCUUCAACAUCCUGGGGAUGGUGGUCUUUGCCUUUGCCACAAUCACGCCCCUCAUGUUCACAGGGUAUGGGCUCCUCUUCCUGUCCUUGGUCAUCACACCAAUCCUGCGGGCCAAACUCUCCAAGCUGGUGAGCAAGUCUGAGCACGGUGCUCUCUUCUCUGCCGUGGCCUGCGUGAAUGGCCUGGCCAUGCUGAUGGCCUCCGGCAUCUUCAACUCCCUCUACCCAGCCACCCUGAACUUCAUGAAGGGGUUCCCCUUCCUCCUCGGAGCUGGCCUUCUUGUCAUCCCAGCAGUUCUGAUUGGGAUUCUGGAAAAGGCUCCUCCCACUUCUGACUUCCAGAACUUCUCCUAAGAGCCCCUGAUCUGCCUGGGUCAGGAAACAGGGGGCAGGAGGAGCCAAGGGAGCCCAAACCAAGCAGAAGGCCAUGCCUGGGACCCCCACAGCUACCCGCUCCCCCAGAGCAGCACUCACGGUCAGGUUAGACCAAGACCAAGAUCCUCCCCCACUUCAUCCUCAGCCAUGCCAGCCUAAGAUCCCAGAAUCUAAGACUGAAUUCCGGGCAGGUCCACUCCAGAAAGGCAGGGGUGGCGGGGGAGGUGCCUUAGGAGAGGGGCCUGUUUCCUCCCAUCAGUCUGAGCCCUUUAGAUGCAUCAGGGAGGAAGAGGCCUGG